AGUCUUGUGUUUUUCUUUCGCAGAUUUGGAAAGAGAUUUUUGAUACCGCGUUCUUCGCUGCUGAUCGUCUCCGGAUCGAAUCGUGUCGCGAACCCUGAAUUAAUCUGCUAGCCAUGAGGAUCCCACUUGGACGCAAACAGGCCGAGCAAGCCGCCCAAUGGGCAACAUCCGCCGGAGCCUACGGAGCGGCAGCGGCGUUGAUCGGAUGCUACCUGACCGACUGGAGGGUCAUCGUCUCAUACAUCCCCUUCUACGGAGGCAAGUUCGACAAGAAAGAAUAGAGAGGCCCUCAACUAUGGUACUUCGGAGAGUGGGUUGAUAUCGUUCUAGUAAACCAAAACCUCGGUCUGGAGCAAACCUUCCGGACCGCAGUGGUUCUUUGCGUAUGUGACAUCUCGUGUGCUUCAAAUUUGCAGUUUCAAUAAGAGUACAGAACUACGGUUA